AUGUCAUUACCCGACCUGGCUGUGGUGCUGCUGUUGGACUUCGCACCGCUGCCGUCCCUUGUUGCGGCACUGGCCCGGACCAGCCGCGUUGCCGCGGCAGCAGCACUGGCUGCCAAAGAGGUGCUUCAGGAGCGAUUCCGCCGCGAAGAUGAAACCACAUCUCAACGAGUCGCUGACUUGUAUGUUUGCGUGAGGGUCCAGCGGCUGCCGAACGGUGCGCUGCAUGGGGUGGAGCGCUCCACCUGCGUCCCGUAUCGAGUAGGAGGACCUUGCAGUCCCUCCUUCUACGCGGAGCGCGUGUGGAAGGAGGGGAGGUUGGUGAAGGACGCAGUCUGGGAAACCAACAGCUGGAAGCGGAAUUCACAGCAGAUCCACGAGCUCUGCUUGAGCCGAGAGUACGACCUCGAGCCGCCCUCACCUCUGCCGCUGCACCACCCGCUGCUGCAAGACCGACCAGGCCUUGGGACGUACGGAAUGCCCUGUCUUGAGCGUGAAUGGAGUGACCAGGGGGUGCUUUGCAGGUUGUUACUCUUUGAAGAGGACGAGGAAGAAGUCAGCUCCUUGAUGGCACGAACUGGGUGGGACAUGCAAGAUACGGACUCGUUGUUCGCGGCCGUUGACCAGCUGAUGUAUUAA